UUUCAUUAAGUAUUUGUGCUUAAAGUAUAUGUUCGUUUAACAAAUUCGUCGGUUCAAAAAGACAGUGGUAUGAUUAGUAUAAAGUAGAAAGGGUUGUGUCAUUACUUUAUAUAUAGUUUUAUAGUUCAUGAUAAAUGAGGGAGCGUUUAGUAUUUGGCAAACGGUGACCGUGAAUAGGGAUUGACUAAUGUUUCUAAUUUUCUUUUAUCGUGUGAAACAGAUAUCUGAUCAUUUUCAAUUGGUAUCGUUUGAUGGAAUUUUUUAGAAACUAUUAAAUCGCGGAAUUAUGUCUAUGUGUACGAUCGGAUAGAUUGAUUCAGAAAUAAGAUUUUAUUUUAUUAAAAAAAUAUAUAAUUACUGUAGCAGAUCAAUAACUGGAUAUUUUUAACUUUCAAUCGAGGUCAAAGAAGAUUCGUCACUGAAAUAUGCUUUUAAAAGCAUGAAGGAGAUAUAUACACGUUCACUAUGAAUUUUGUAGCCAUAUUUACUUCGUUACUUGUUAUGUUAAUUAGUGUGAAAUAUGGAUUACCGAUAUCGCCAUAUCCGAAGUUGUUAGUAAUAUCAUAUGAUGCAUUCAGAUAUGACUAUUUUGACAAAACACCAUUUAUGAAUGAACUGAAACAUAGUGGCACAUAUGCGGAUUACAUGAUGAAUAUUUUUGUGACAAAAACAUUUCCUAACCAUCAUACAAUGGCCACAGGAUUGUAUGCAGAAACACAUGGAGUUGUAGAUAAUGAAUUUUAUGAACCUGCUUCAGGAAAUACAACAAAAUAUUCAUAUGAUUUGUAUCAUUAUGAUAAUAGAAUUCUUCCUAUUUGGACUGUUAACCAAAAUGCUGCUAGACAAAGAAGAAGUGGCACAAUGAUGUGGCCUGGUGGCAUUUAUGAAUAUCAAGGAAUCGCCCCUACAUUUGCUCAGAAUUUUAAUGAGACUGUACCUUGGGAAGAAAGAAUUGAUACCUUGAUAUCAUGGUUUGUACAUCCUAUAUAUCCAAUAAAUUUUGGAUUAUUAUACAUUGAAGAGCCAGAUUAUCAUGGCCAUGUGAUUGGAAUAAAAGGACCUCAAUUUGAUGAUAUUCUUAGGAAGUUAGAUAAUAUAACUAGGUAUCUUUACAGUAAGAUAAAAUACCAUGGUUUACAUGAUCUUAAUGUUGUUCAUUUGAGCGAUCAUGGAAUGGCGUCUGUUAAGUUAGACAGGAUAAUAGAUCUAACAAAGUAUAUUAACAGCUCUGAUUACAAAUUUGUUGGUACCUCACCAGGAUUACACAUUUUUCCUAAUCCUGGUAAAGAAGAAAUGAUUUAUCAAACAUUGAAGCAAACAGCAUUGAAAUUGAGGACGUUUAGAGUUUUCAAAAGGGACGAAAUUCCUAAGAAAUAUCACUAUGGAAAUAAUACUCGCGUUGGUCCUAUCUUUGUCAUUGCUGAAAUUGGAUAUGCAUUUCAAAAUCUCCUUGAUAACAUAGAAUAUUAUAAGAAAAAGUUCAAUAUUACAGUAACCAGUGAUUCAGAAUUUGGUCUUCAUGGCUAUGAUAAUGAGGCUAUAGGAAUGCAUCCUUUCUUCUUCGCAAAUGGUCCUGCAUUUAUACCUCAGUGCAAACUCAAACCUUUUAAUAAUCUAGAUUUAUUUCCGCUAUUUUGUGAAAUACUCGAUCUACAAUGUCCCAUAGGGAAUGGUACUAUAUCACAUCUAACCAAGUGUCUUAAGAAACAUCAACAGUCUAUCAUAGGAACCGUGAUGCUGCAAUCGAUAAUUCCCGUCACUACAUUCUGUGUGGUAGUUGGAGGAAUAUCCAUAAUACUGUAUAGGACGAGACAGCAAAUAAAAAAAGAAUUUGGCAAGAGAUAUAUUGUGAUGGAGGCAAAAAUAUCAAGCAAUGUAUGAAUUUUCAUAUUGCAUAAAGAUAACAAAAUGAAUUCAAAAAAAUGACGACACCGUAAUAAGAAAUAGCAUCGUGACGAAGAAUACAUAAACAUAAUUUCACUUUUUAUAAAUAAAGUUAUAUUGUUUCAAACUUUUAAAUAUAGCAAAACGUUUAAUUAGAAUUUCAAUCUUUUUAAACAAUUAUGAUUUUAGAAUUAAUUUUAACACUUAACACAACCGAAUAAGGAGAUCUCUUCCCUCUGUGAAGUACAUUGCUGCGUGAUCGAACGGGGAGAUCUCCCUUUUUGACUUCAGCAAUGCGUUUUCUUUUCCUCUCCUUUUUUUUUUUUUUUUUUUUUUUGUUAUUAUCAGUUAUUGUUUAUCUUGAAUUCUUCCCAAUUAAUUGGGUCACUUUUUCUGCUUUUAUAACCUUAUAAACUGGUGUAUUUUAUGAUAUACUAUAGGUGUAUAUUAUAGUUUAGUGGUAUUAAACUCAAUUGAAAAAUUACACUAUCAGUUAUGACUAAAUAAAAUUAUAAUCAAACGAUCACACUAAAAAAAAUUUUAAAAUGCAUUAUGAAUUUUUAAUUUUACGUUCAAGUCGUUUUAUUUAUCUUUAGUCAUUUUUAAUGCUUUUAAUUUUACCUAUAUUUUUUUGUACUUUUAAUAUAUACUUUUAAUUUGAUGUCUUGUAUAAACAAUAUGUGAAAUCGUUAAACAAAAUCAUUACCACAUGAUGUAAUUGAUCGCUUAAAUAAUUUUUAGAUUUCUUUGUUUUUUAAGUAAUGAAUAUUAGUUCGUGAUACUUGGAAAAAUGCGUGGUAGACAGUGACUUAUAUAUAGGUGACCUAUGCAUUGCAAUGAGAAACGUAUAGCUCGCUGUGGUGCGCGAGGUUGACUAAGUGUUAAUUGUAUCAUACAUAUGUUUAAAUCCGUGCAAGGACAUAUGUAAUGUUGAACUAGUUAGUAUUAGGAAAUUAUUAAAUAUGAAUAGUACGUGAAAAGUUGUAAUGUAAUAACUAUCAAAGCAUAAUAAGAAUGAAUUCUCUAGUAAAAAACGAAA